AUGAAGGUGAAACUGGCUACUCAGGUGCUUAGCAAUUCUGUGGCUGAUGCCAUACAGUACUGUUGUGAUAUGAAACUCCCAGGUUUUGAACAGGCAUCUGCAACAGUAAAAUUUAUACGCAUUUUCAACUGUCUCUUUGAUGUCUGCAAUUCCAGAACACUUUUACAAAGUGGUUUCAAGCAGGCAUUAAAUACAGAAAAUUUUAGUGAUGUAGAGGGAUUUCUUUUAAAGGCACAGAGGUACAUCAAGGAACUCACUGUUGGUCCAAAUCAUCAAGCAAUGAGAGUUGUUGACUCAAAUAGAAAGACAGGUGGGGACACAAACUCAUGCUCCUCUACUGAAGUUUCUGCCUCUUUACAAAUGUUCUCAGGACCACUUGGAAAUGUUUUUAGUGCCAUCCGAAGUCGUGGUGGUUGGAAUAACAACCCCACUGCUCGCCAGUUUGUUGCAGCAUACAAGAGGCUACUAAUUCAUAGUGAGAUCCGUGGAUCAGAAAGAGGGAAUUGUAUAACUUUGGAAGAUAUUCCCAUUCUUACUUUCAGCAGUUCCAAUGUUGAAGACCACAUAAAUAACACUUCGGAACGGUGGCAGUUACUAAGCACGGAAAAUAGUGCAGCAACAACUGACAACGGCCACGAUUACUUUGCUACUGGAAUUUAUCUCUCUGAAGUGGCAGUCCAUAUUGUAGUAUAUAUAGCUGGAUUUGUGGUGCGUCACUUAGAGAAAACCUUAAAAUGUGAACCAUGUUUAUCCGUAUUGAGAGGGGAUGGUAGCCAUGUUGCUUAUUCUCUCAUUCAUAGAAAGAGUAGGGGAGGGUUGGUUUUACCAUCGAAUGAUGUUGUUGACAUCUGUGUGUGUGCAGAAAAAGUGUUCAGGUGGUAUACUACAGGUAAUUCUAAAGUUCCUUUGAAAAAUCAGUUUUCCAAAUGUAUGUCUGAGGCGCUUAGUGAAUUCACGUUCAAGCCAGUGUUAAAGGAGUUAGCAGACCACAUGAAAAAUCAGCAUCCCUUGGACAAUCAUAUGAUACUGCUGAUUAAAGCAAUUGUUACACAAUACCUCCUGACAUGCCAAAAACAUGCAGCCAAGAGAAUAAGUGAUGCAUUGCAUGAAAAUAAAAUCAGGACAACCUAUACAAAACUGGUACUCUUUAAAGGUCAGUAA